AAAAAGUGCCACAUAGGCAAAAAAUUCCAGACCAAUCGUUUGGCCACGUCACUGGCAACCCAUACCAGGAAAUCGUUUAUGCAGCCCAGCCCGUUAACCGGUUUCGUUUGCGAAAAUCGUUAAUUCAGUCCAGCCCGUUAACAGGCUUUUAUCCUACAAUAUUAUCCUCGCCGUUUACCAGCACGUGCCUUGCAACUUGCUUUGGCAUAUACGCGUAUCUAUCUUUGUAAACCGAAACAUAAUUGAGAUUCAAUUUGAGUUAAACCGGGCCGAACAAAUUCAACCGGUUAUAAUCUAAUCCUCUCUCAUAAACCCUAAAUUCCCAAAUCAGAUUCUCACGCGACCUUUCUCUCGACUUUUUGCUUCCGGUGUCAAUCUUUCGCUGAUUCUAUACAGAUUCCGUAGAUCUCCAGUUCGUUGCAUCUGCUCGUGAUCUGAGUAAGUAUAGCUUAUCUCUUUUGAUUCAUGAAAAGCCCACUUUCGUGGAUCAAUCUGCUCGAAUUAUACUGUAAUUUGCUUGGUUUCUUCAUGCCUAAUGUUAGUUAUUGAUAUAGCUCUAGAAAGUUGGAUGCUUUGAAUCUGGGUCUUUGCCUAUCCCUUAGUUAUGUGUUUGGUGUCCUUUAGUUGUUAGAAACGAUUGUUAUCAUCAUAUUAGCUUUGGAUCUAAAAGUUCUCUGUUGUUCCAUUUUGUAGGCAGUGUGUCCGUCUUUUUGCUGUUGGGCCAGAUUAAAAAAAUUCCCAAGCCCAUUCCAUUACCCGUUUACGAAGGCUUAAGCACUCUCAUCCUCGCAGUUAACCCUAACCCCGUCUCCCCCAUUUCUCUUACGCGCAUGGCGAUUCUCUUCAUCUCCCCCAAAUCUCCCCGCAAAACGCCUCCGAUGAAAAGGCUUGAACUUCAAUGUUCUCCAUUAAAGCCUCCAAUCAAUAUCAUGACGGGCUUUCCACAUCCCCUCUGCCUUAAAUCUAUCUUCCUAUUUAUACUGAUCUCCCUUACCUCAUAUCAUCCCUUCAAAUCUCUUACCUCAGAUCGUUAGCAAAAUACCCUAAUCAUGUCGAAAGAGACCGCAAUCCGCACGGGCGAAUCUUCUCCUCCCCUCCUCUUCCGACAAGUUUCACCCGGACCCGGCGAUUCGACCCUGCAGUUUCGUCUUCUUCAUUUCUGGGAUGCUCGGAAGAAUGUCAAAGGAGGACCAGGGAUCAUUCUUGGGAUCGAGAUGCUGAUGAUCGAUGCGGAGGGUACUUUGGCUCAGGGGUUCAUCGGUCAGAACCGUCGCAACCAGUAUGAGAAAGAGCUCCAGCGUGGGAGCAUCUACACGCUGACAAACUACUAUGCAUCCAACAACAAGGUGAUGUACCAUGUUGCUGAUCAGAGGCUGGUCAUUUGCAUCUCACACGCUUCUGCCCUGUCGAAGGAUGAAAAAGACAUUGAAGGCAUCUUGAGACAGCGGUUCAGGGUCCGUUCCUUCACAGAAUUUGAAGCCAACUGCGAUCUCAGAGGCGAUCUUCACGAUGUGGUUGGCCACCUUAAGCUGGUUGAUGGCCAGGCUCUCCAUGAGCGUCCUGUUUUGUGCACCAAUGAUGACUCAGCUUCUCGGAAAGUGAUGGUCCAUCUGCAGCUUAAAGACGGUCCAGUGAUGAACGUCUAUCUAUGGGAUGAGGCCGCUGAAAGUUUCCGCCUCAAGUUUGACGGAAGUGCAGUCACUCCAACUGUUCUAUUGGUCACAACGGUGAAUCCUAAGAGGCUCGGUGGGAAAUUGUGCCUAAGUUCAAUGUCCUCUUCAAGAGUGUUUUUGGAUGAAGAGGUUGACCACACGAAGGAAUACUUGGCGUGGUUGGCCACGAACCCUUCUAUAACUUCUUUGGUCAACCCUGUUGAGGUUGUCAAAGCUGAGACUCUCACCAUAGGUGAGAUUGCCGCCUUCCUCAAGCAUCAGCCUGCUCAGGUUGCCUACUUUGACUGCAUUGCCACAAUUGAUGAUGUCAAGCUUGGCACUGAGUGGUACUACAUUGCUUGCAAAGAUUGCCAGACCAAGUUAAACCGUGGGCCUACAACGUUGGUUUGUCCAAAAUGCAGGAAUGAAGAUGCUACUGCAGUAGCCAACUAUCGGGUGGAGCUGUCUGUCUAUGAUAAUGAUGAGCAAUGCACGUUCAUCAUUCUCGGAGAUGCUGGGAAGGAUCUCACAGGCAGGAAAGCAACAGAGUUGAUCGACGCUUAUGUUCAGGAAAAUGGUGGAGUUGCGGCUGAGCUUGAAGUUCCCGUUCCACAGUGUUUCAUUGAUACAAUAGGCCAGACAAAGAAAUUCAGGAUCAAGGUGACUGACUACAACUUCACUUCUACCAAACUGUCUUUCACAGCUACCAAGAUCAUCUCAGCAGCAGAGUUACCACCAAAGAAUCCCCCACUCCAGACGCCACCAGUAACUGAAGUGGCAAACACAGAGUUGGCUGAGAGUAGUGGUGGUGGUCCUUCAGCUAUUGACGACCAGAAGGAAGCAAAGCGUACCAAGCGUAGUGGCUAGAUCACAUGCAGAACUGGUACUCCAUCAGUGGCUGGUACAGACUGCCCAGUCAGGAUGAUUCUCUAAUAACAGUCUACUUAUCUCUCUUUAAACAGUUUGUUUUUGCUUCUUGCUGAGACAGUUUAGUAUUGGAGUUGGUUUGGUUUUCUUAUUUGAGUUGUUUGGAUUUUAUUCACAACUUCGUUAUGAAGUUUAAGAAUGAUCAACAUUAUCAUAUUAAAGUGGUUUGAUUUUCAUUCCUAACUUUUUUGAGUUGUUUGGUCAGCAUGCAUUUUUCAUACGUACACGUUCGUAAGAACCAAAUGCAUGCAUGGAUCAUGGAUUGUUUAAUGCCCAUACUCAAUUGUUAUAUUAUUCUUCUACGUGGUCUACAUUUUAAUCAAAUUAGGACAACUGUAAUUUUAGCUGACAUUUCAUAUACGUAUGGUCAUAUUUUGAAUGUCAGUUAUGAGUCAAAUAGUAUCUAUUGCAUUUAUUAAGAAUUUAAUUUCAUAUAUUCUGCCAUUAAGUUAAAUCAAUGUCGACAUUUAACAUAUGAGAUAUUCGUUUAAGCGCUUAAUUAUUUGAUUCGUUUAGGCGCUUAGUCAAAAUAACAUCAACUAUUCUAAUCUCAAAAACACAAGUCCAUCUCCCCUUACUUUGCAAAAAUUCACGACCCACUAAGCAGAUUCAUUUCUAUCAAACCGUGGAAGUUCUUCAUCUUCAAAAAGUAAUCCGCGUAAGUGAUUUUUUUUUUAUGAGGAGAUGAUUAGAAAGUGCAAAGAUUAUUUGUUUUGAUAUUCUUCUUUUUGUUAAAGGAACAGUUCCCUCAACACCAUGGGCAAAACAACCUCCAAAGAUCCUCCACUUCUAGGAGGUAUUUUGAAUUUAUAAAUUCAUUUUUGAAUUAAGACCUUAUUAUUAUUGAUAUAUUUAAUUAAUACUUUAAUCCAAAUCUCUAAUAAUAACCAAAGGAUUUUCUUUACAGCAUAUAGGU